AUGAGUUGGUCAUAGACAGAUUUAAACGCUAAUAUUGCUACUUUUUAGCAAAAUGACAAAUAAAAUUUAAUAUUAAGAUAGGUUAUGAUAAAUCGAGAAUAUAAAUUAAAUGUUUCUCAAUAUAAGAAGAUGGCUAAAGAAAGUGAUAUGUCAUUAUACAGCGAUGUGCUUGAACCAUUUCGUAGGGUCAUAAACACUGAACCACCAAAAGACAAGUUAUCGGCGUCUACAAAUCUAAACUUUUCUGAUAGUACUCAAUCUAUAAAAGAAGGCCUCUCCAAUCUACUGACAUUUGGUAAAAGAAAGUCGAGUAUCGGUAGCGUAGAUGAUGUGACACCAGAUAAGAGGCUUAGAAGAGACUCAAGUGGUAAUGGAACCACAGCACCACCAUCACCAUGGGAAACAAAACGUUUGAAGAUUGAUCUGAUUGCUGCAAAAGCACAGAUAACCAAAUUAGAAUCUAGAGUAAACCACCAGCAUACUAUACGUAAAGAGAUGCAGAUAUUGUUUGAAGAAGAGAAGGCAUCCCUUAUAGAACAGCACAAGAGAGAUGAAAGAGCUGUCAGUGAUAUGGAAGAUAGGCUGCAGUUGAUACGUAGGCGAGAACAAGAGUUAAAAGAUGAGUUUAAUACGGCCGCCAAAGAGCAUAAAGAUCUUAAAGCAAAUUGGGACAAAGAGAAGACUGAUCUCCACAAACAAAUAGCAGAUCUCAAGGAUAAAUUAUUGGAAGCUAAUGUUAGUAAUAAAGAUCAAAUAUCAGAAAUGAAAAAGGACAUGGAUGAAUUGUUACAGGCUCUGGAAGGUGCACAGUCGGAAGUUGAAAUGCUUAAAAAAGAGCUAGUGAAGCAGACAAGUCGUGCCGAACAGUGCACUCAGUUGAAGAAUCAACUGGAGAAACAGAACUUUGAAUUCCAACAAGUGACCUCGAAAUUAAAGGAGCUUGAAUAUGAAAGGGAUUCUUAUAAAGACUGGCAGACUCAGUCUAAGACAGCCCAAAAACGUCUUUGCAAUAUGGCCGAACUUGAAAAGGAAGUGACGCGUCUCCGAGCCAAUGAGCGUUCGCUUCGUGAUGCGAUUUGUAAUAAGUUGUUGCUGGAGGAACAAGUUCAUCAACUCACUUCCAGAGUUGAAGCUCUCCAACCUGUUCAACUGGAGUUGCAUGAGGCUAAGGUGAAGUUGUCCAGCGUCGAGUCUCAGUUGGAGUCGUGGAUGAGUGCGGCGCGCGCGCAUGGCGUGGAGUCCGCGGGUGCGCUGCGCGACGCGCUGGAGUCCGCGCUCGGAGCGCAAAUCACCGCCACCGCGGACUCCACGCAGGCGCAGUCGGCACUCGCGCACCUCACCGAGGAAGUGGCGACAUUGAAAUACGAACGCGACAAGGCCACAGGAAAGUUGAAUGAUCUCACAACGGUACGCAAAAACCAGGAGAGUCUCAUACACAGACUGCAGAAGCGAUUGCUAUUAGUUACUAGGGAAAGGGAUAGUUAUAGGCAACAACUAGACUGCUAUGAGAAAGAGUUAACGGUGACACUGUGCGGGGAGGAGGGCGCCGGUAGCGUCGCCUUGUUGUCGGCGCGCGUACAGCAACUAGAGAAGAGCCUUCAGGGAUACAGAGACCUGAUUGCCGCUCACGAUCCUCAUGCGCAUUCCAAAGCUCUGGAGAGUCUCCGCAACGAAGUGACGCGAUGGCGCGAGGAGGCGGAGGGCGCGCGGCGUGACGUCACCAAGCUGCGGACACAGCGCGACCUGCUCACUGCCAGCCUCGAGCGGAUCGGUCCUCAGACGAAGGUGCUACACUUAACGAACAACCCCGCGGCCGAAGCACAAAAACAAAUAUCAAAAGAAUUAGAAGCCGCCCAGGAAGAGAUAAAGAAGUUGAAGGUUGCUCUACGCGAGGGAGGGGCUCAGGCGGACCCCGAGGAGUUGCAACAGAUGCGACAGCAGUUGGAGAACAGUCGAAUUAAGCUUAAGAGAAUGAAAGAAGAGUUCACGUCUUCCGCUCAAGAAUACAGAGACGUUUGUUACAUGCUUUUAGGGUAUAAAAUUGAUCGCACUGGGCAUAAAAAUUACAGGAUAUCGAAUAUGUACGCGGAGUCGUCCGAAGAAUAUUUAACGUUUACCCUGUGCGACGACGGCAUCGAGAUGGUCCACACCGACUACUCGGAGACUCUGGGCGAUCUGCUGGACCUGCAUCUGCACCAGCAUCAGUCCAUACCCUUGUUCCUCAGCGCUCUCACCAUGGAGCUCUUUACGAAAACCACAAUCCAACACGCGAUCGAAUAGAUUUUUUUUAUUAAUAUCAGUAAUACCGUAGAUUGGGGCGAAUCGGGACCCUUUCCAAAUCCAACACAAAUUUUCAAUGGUUUUUCUUAGCGUUAUUAUACAUAGUUCAUUACAAUAUAUACACAAAAACUGAAAAAACUAGCUUCACCGUAUAACAGUAUGGGGAAAAUAGAAUUUUUCGAUAGGGCUGGCACUAUUUAGUUGUUAGGUAAGUACCUAACUUUAGGUAAUUAACUUUUUAAUAUCUUUAAUGAGUUAAACAACUUUGAUGACUAAAUUAAACUAUUUAAUAUUCUUAAACACUAAAUAAAAGUCAUUUUCAGUUCAACAAAGUUAAAUCUAAAGUUCAACAAAGCUAAAUCUAACAACUCAACAAAAGUAUUGUGACAUCCCAGAUUUGUCCCUAUUCUAACUCUAGUCUCUAUUCCUCCCAAUCGACUGUCCGUCAUUGUUUAUUCUGUUUAGGAAUUUCAAUUUGCGCAGACUGUUAAAAUGUUAAUGUAUGCAUGAUUUAGAGUUUGUUUGUCAGAGCGUCAAGAAAGGAUAUAUUGUGACCCCAAAAUUCGAUUUAAAUACAAAAUAUGUAAGAAAUGAAUCAUGUUAUUUGUCAAUUGUGUUAGCAUGUAUACGAUAAAUGUGCGGGAUCAUACAUCUUAAACAAAUUGUUGAAUUUUUAUUAUUUUUAAUGAAACCCACUGUCUUGCCUGAUGCGGAGGAUAGCCGCCAUUCAAACACCAUUGUGACCUCACGACUUGUGAAGACCAAUACCAUGAGCUGGCUAAUCCACCUGCGCCGGUAAACAAAAAAAUCUUUGACAUAGUAACAUUAUUGAUGAAAAUUGAGGUCUGUGUGUAUGUACUUAUCAUUUCUAUUAUUAUAUAAACUGUUCAGACCAUCUCCGAGUUCCAGUUUGUAUUCUUUAUUUGUUUCACUUUUUUAUUUUUUUAUUAUUGCCUAGAUGUGUGGACGACCUCACAGCCCACCUGGUGUUAAGUGGUUACUGGAACCCAUAGACAUCUACGACGUAAAUGCGCCACACACCUUGAGAUAAAAGUUCUAAGUUCUCAGUAUAGUUUAACUAAUUAUAAACAGAUAGAUAUACAAAAAAAACGUUUCUGUGAACAAGAUUGAAUUUUUAAGUUAAAGUAUUUAUAUUGACAUCCUACAUGCCCUAAAUUGGGGCGAGUUAUAUUUUUGAAAUUCGUACUAGAAGUGUCUAUGGAACGUAAUUUUAUUUUAUUGGCUUGAAACAAUUUAGUUAAAACCAUCAGGGCCAAUGUCUGAUAGAGAAAAACAGUUCACUACAUUCCUAUUUGUGAGUUACUUUUAAAAAACUGGACUUUAAGAAGGUAAAUUGUAUUUUGUACUUUAUGGAUUGUGAAUUAAAUGAUCAGAAAUAAA